AUGUCAAAAAUUACUCGUACGCCCCCGCCGACUCCAAAACCUCAGCUGAUGCACACACAUUCGAAAUCGGAUCCAGACUUGCCAUCCGCGAUGGAAGAAACUGCCGAGCAGAGUCGGAAUGUAACAUCACGACAUAAACGCCCACGUAUUUUCGGUUCUCCAUCAGAUGACCAUGAUCCUUCUAAGGCAUUUUUGACCAACUUUAAAAAUGAGUUAAUGGUAAUGCUUGAAGACUGGAAGUUGGAACAACAAAAAACCUUAUCUCAAUUGGUUACCGAUGUCGCUCACUUAAAACUACAAUGUUCCAAUAUACAACAUAGCAAUAAUGAAAUCGAGAAAAAGAUUGUAUCAUUGAAUCAAGAUUACGAGGAGGCUUUGGCCAAGGUAUCUCAACUUGAAGAGACACAAAAAGAAAAUAGUAAUUGCAUUAGCAAUCUUGAAAAGCAAAUUCAAGAACUUCAACUUAAGUGUCGAUCGUCGGCAAUUGAAAUUAGAAACGUACCAGUAAUGCCAAAUGAAAAAAUAAACGACCUUCUUCAGAUUGCCUCGUGCUUGGGACAGACUAUCCAAAUGGAUCUUUCUAGUUCCAAUAUCCGUGAUAUUUAUCGGUUGCCUGGAAAACCUGGCCUCACUCGCUCUAUACUAGUUGAAUUCUCAACGGUAUAUUUCAAAAAUAACGUUUUAAGUGCAGUGCGCACUUAUAACAAAGAGCGCAAUAUCAGGGAUAAGUUGAACACAGAGAACAUUGGCAUUGCUGGAGAAUGCAAACCAAUCUACGUUGAUGAACAUCUCUCUCCAACUACAAAGAGGCUUUUUUACCUUGCUCGAGACUUCGCGAAACGCAACAGCUACGAUUUCUGCUGGAUAUCUAACGGAAAAAUCCUAAUACGAAAAAGUUGUGAUACAAAGGAAGUUCACUUCGUGAAGACAGAACAGUGUUUGUUGAAAUUGGAAUCCAAGCAAUGA